AUGUUCUUCGCGGUGAUUGCUCAAAAUUUCUCGAAUCGAGCUCCGUAUAUUGGCGUCGAACGGCACAAAAAUGCGAAUGUCUGGACGUAUUCGGAUGGAUCACCGCUCACCUACCAAAUAUGGGCACAAGGUGAACCGAAUGCCAGCGGAGACAAGGUCUGCGCCAUAAUGUCCCCGGAGAACGGGCAAUGGAAAGCCGCCGAAUGCUCAACAGAUCGACCAUUCUUUUGUACAAUGGUCGGCCAUGAUGGUCCAUGUCCACCGAAUUGGAUCUACUAUGCGGCGACCAAGUUCUGCUACUAUUUGCAGCCCUUCACCUUCUAUGACAAUGUCCAUUGGCAACUGUACAACUUCGACACAGCCGAAGCUCGAUGCAAAGCAAUGGGAGCUCAUCCGACCUCAGUGCAUUCGGCUGUUGAGAACAACUUUUUAUUCGAUAUAAUCGCCUCAAAUGUGAACGCUUCUCUUGUGCAAGCCGCUUCUGACGGAAUUCAUUCUUGCUGGCAGCAAUGGGCUUGGAUUGGUCUCUUCGGAACGGGAGCCAAGAUGAAUGGAUAUUGGACUGAUGGGACACCGGUUGAUUGGACGGGCGUCGAUCCACCGAAUGCCCAAAACUAUUCCUAUGUGGUGAGAUGU